UAGUUAAUGAAAGUAAAUGUACACGGUCGGGGAGACCUGAAACUGGCCUGUAUUCUCCAUGGUGAUCCAAUAACCUGGCCUCUGGCAAUCCGCGGCUGUUUGUUGACAUCUAAACGGGAUAAAGCUGCUUUCAGUCCUGCCUCGACAAGAUGAAUGACACUAUGGAUAUGGAUACAUCAACUGCAAAUUAUUCAGUUGUUCACCUGGAUGCCCCAAUUCUCCCAGACAAGUCGGACAUCUCCAACAUGACCAUUAUCCAAACAGCAAACGGGUCAAUCAUAGAGGAUGAGAUGUUUUUAAAUACAGUGGCUGCUCAGGCUCUGGCUGGGAUAUUUGUCUGCUCUGCCCUGCUCAUAACCUGUCACCAGAUCUAUACGCAUCUUCGGUCCUACACCGUACCGAAUGAGCAGCGCUACAUCAUCCGCAUCCUGUUCAUCGUCCCCGUCUAUGCCUUUGACUCUUGGCUCAGCCUCCUCUUCAUCAGCAAUGACCAGUACUACGUCUACUUCGAUUCGGUCCGGGAUUGCUACGAAGCGUUCGUCAUCUACAACUUCCUGAGCUUGUCCUUCGAGUAUCUGGGAGGAGAGAGCGCCAUCAUGUCCGAGAUCCGAGGGAAGCCCAUACAGUCCAGUUGCCUUUAUGGUACGUGCUGCCUCGCCGGAAUGAGCUAUUCCAUCGGCUUUUUAAGAUUCUGCAAACAGGCGACUCUCCAGUUCUGUGUUGUCAAACCCAUCAUGGCAGUCAUCACCAUCGUCCUGCAGGCCUUUGGCAAAUAUCACGACGGAGAUUUUAAUGUGAAUGGAGGAUACCUGUACAUCACCAUCAUCUACAACUUCUCCGUCAGCCUGUCCCUCUACGCUCUCUUCCUCUUCUUCUUCGCCACGAGUGACCUGCUCAGGCCGUACGAACCGGUGCUCAAAUUUCUCACAAUCAAAUCCGUCAUCUUCCUGUCCUUCUGGCAAGGAAUGGUCCUGGCCAUCCUGGAACGGUGCGGCGUCAUCCCCAACGCGCUUUUCAUCGACGGGCAGGAGGUGGGCGCCGGCACGGUGGCGGCGGGCUGGCAGAACUUCAUCACCUGCAUUGAGAUGUUCUUCGCCGCCAUCGCCCUCCGGUACGCCUUCACCUGCACCGUCUACCAGGAGAAGAAGAACGACGUGCCAGAUAACAUCCCCCCGAUGCAGAGCAUCUCCAGCGGCCUGAAGGAAACCAUAAACCCCGGGGACAUGGUGCAGGAUGCCAUCCACAACUUCUCCCCCGCCUAUCAGCAGUACACCCAGCAGUCCACGCAGGAGGUGACGCAGCCCAGCGCCAACGGGAAAGUGGCCACCGGCAACAUGAGCUCCCGCAAGUCCGACAAAAUCAUGCUGAUUACGUCCGAUGAUGAGUUCUAGGUAUUCCCCCCGCAGCAUCCAGGUGCCCGCGGCCUCGUCCCACCCUUAUCUCUGACCCUCCCCCCUGGACAAACGGCUAUCCCACAUAUCUCACGGAGUCGGACUGAACCCAGGUGUUUAAUUUUCAUCAUUCCAGUAUUUAAGAUUGACUGCCUACUUGUGCUCUGUUUCAGUGAUAAUUUAAGCACCGAAAGACGGAUGAAAUGCAACCACUUUAAAAUUGAUGGCUGGAUAGUCGGAGAACUGAUCUGCCUCCAUCUCGCAGCCAUAAUCAGGAAAAUGACAUGUCACCUUCGCUUCAUCACAGAAGUCUGGGGAUGUGCGUUUUUUCUUUAAAUCAAGCCGCUGGGUGUUCAGCUGCGUCCCUGAUGCCGCUUCUGUCUCUGUCAUUACACCGCCGCCGCUCUCCGGCCGUCUGAAGCACGCUCCCUCUGAAUCAUGUCAGUUUCAAAGAGGAGAUGAUUAAUAUAUGACUCUAGGUGGGAGGCGGGGAAGCCGGCGAUGGCUGAGAAUGGCACUUCACGGACCGUUUCUCACGUCUGCUUUUGUGAAGUGUUUGCCGAGCGUUCCCCCGCGUGGUUUCCUGACAAAUGGACGGAUUUGUUCAAAGACGCAUUCGUUUUUGAGCAGCCACUUCAAGCUGCAGACUCUACUUUUUGCAUCUACCAGAGCAGGGAUGAAUUGGAAAAAAGAAAAGGGACAGAGUGGGAGUUUGAAUAUUCUCAUUAAUUUUCCCAGCAUGCUAACGAGCCAAACUAUCAGUUAGAUGGCAGUUAACAGACCGGAUGGAACCGGUCGUAUCUACCAAUGUGAUGGAGAACUUCUUGUAACUUUCAGAGAUUGUGAAAUGCGUGCACAAUUUGUUUAGUGUUAUGUUUUUAAAAUCUCUACUUGUGUUUUUAAAAAUGGUUUGAAUUAUAAAGUGUUAGGGUUUUUCUGUAUUUAUUGUUUGAGGUUUAGAUGGAAAGACUUCAGUCAAUUUGUCUGGAGACGAGAAACAAAGAAAUGUGCACUGUUGGGCUUUCAAGAAACGUCAUAUGUGGAAGAAACGAGAAGUUAUGACGGACUAACUGUUGUACAUUAAGCCCUCAUUUAAUUAACUUUUAUACUCCUUUUUUUGCCAAUGAUGGCUGUCUUUGUGGGACAGCAAAAGCGUACAGGUGAAUAAAAAGCAUCCUCAGUAGCUAAAGUCUUGUAGUUUUGCUUAGCUUGUGUGCAAAAUAAAAUAUUGUUUGCAUGCA